AUGGCCACACACUCUGUAGUCCACGAAGCCAAUGGCGUCGACAAGCUCCACACGCCACAGGAAUUCUUCGAAAGACAGCCCAACAAGGGCCACGUGAGCUCGAUUGACGAGUACGAGGCCUUGUACAAGCAGUCGAUCAACGACCCCGAGGCGUUUUUCGGGCCAAUGGCCCGCGACUUGUUGCACUGGGACAAGGACUUCGUCAAGACCAAGGCAGGCGAUUUGGUCAAUGGUGACGCGCAAUGGUUUGUUGGUGGCGAGUUGAACGCCUCCUACAACUGUGUGGACAGAUGGGCGUACGCGCACCCAGACAAGAUGGCGAUUAUCUAUGAGGCUGACAGCGAGGAAGACUCCAGCAAGUUGACUUACGCCGAGCUCUUGCGCGAGGUCCUGAAGACCGCCGGUGUGUUGAAGAGCUGGGGUAUCUCUAAAGGUGACACUGUUGCCAUCUACUUGCCCAUGAACGCUCAUGCCAUCGUGGCCAUGUUGGCUGUGGCCAGAUUGGGUGCCAUCCACUCCGUGAUCUUUGCCGGCUUCUCGUCCGGAUCUAUCCGGGACCGUGUCAACGAUGCCAAGUGUAAGGCAUUGAUCACCUGUGACGAAGGCAAGCGUGGUGGAAAGACCAUCAACAUCAAGAAGCUCUGUGACGAGGCCUUGCUCGACUGCCCUUCUGUCCAGAAGGUCUUGGUGCACAAGCGUACUGGUAACGACAAGAUCGAGCUUGUUGAGGGCCGUGAUUUCUGGUGGAACGAGGAGGCUGAGAAGUACCCAGGCUAUUGUCCACCUGUUCCCGUCAACUCCGAGGACCCAUUGUUCUUGUUGUACACCUCGGGUUCCACUGGCACGCCCAAGGGUGUCGUGCACACCACGGGUGGCUACUUGCUUGGCGCUGCCAUGACCACCAAGUACAUCUUCGACGUGCAUCCCGAGGACGUGCUCUUCACCGCUGGUGACGUUGGCUGGAUCACGGGCCACACCUACGCUCUUUACGGCCCAUUGCUUUUGGGUAUCCCCACCGUUGUUUUCGAGGGCACCCCAGCCUACCCUGACUACGGCCGUUUGUUCCAGAUCAUCGAGAAGCACAAGGCCACUCACUUCUACAUUGCACCUACUGCUUUGCGUCUCUUGAGAAAGGCUGGCGAGAGCGAGAUCCCCAAGUACGACUUGUCCUCGUUGAGAACCUUGGGUUCUGUUGGUGAGCCCAUCUCUCCAGACAUCUGGGAGUGGUACAACACCCACAUCGGUAAGGGCCAAUGCCACAUUUCCGACACGUACUGGCAAACGGAGUCCGGCUCGCACUUCAUUGCGCCAAUUGCCGGUGUCACUCCAAACAAGCCAGGCUCUGCCUCGUUGCCUUUCUUCGGUAUCGACACCUGUCUUAUCGACCCAGUGUCGGGCCAGGAAAUCUUGGGCAACGACGUUGAAGGCGUGUUGGCCGUCAAGAACACCUGGCCAUCGAUGGCCCGUACCGUGUACAACAACCACCAGAAGUACAUGGACACCUACUUGAGACCAUACCCCGGCUACUACUUCACAGGUGACGGUGCAGCCAGGGACCACGAUGGCUUCUACUGGAUUAGAGGAAGAGUCGACGAUGUGGUCAAUGUCUCAGGCCACAGAUUGUCCACUGCCGAGAUCGAGGCUGCCUUGAUUGAGCACCACGGUGUCUCUGAGGCUGCUGUUGUGGGCAUCAACGACGACUUGACCGGCCAGGCCGUUGUUGCAUUCGUUGCCUUGAAGGAUGAAGCUGCCCAGAAGAUCGAGAACCACGAGAACUCCGACGAGGCCUUCGUUCUCAGAAAGGAGUUGAUCAUGGUGGUGAGAUCCCACAUCGGGCCCUUUGCUGCUCCUAAGUCCGUGAUCAUUGUCAAGGACUUGCCCAAGACCAGAUCCGGAAAGAUCAUGAGAAGAAUCUUGCGUAAGAUCUCUUCUAACGAGGCCGACCAAUUGGGCGACAUCACCACCUUGUCCAACCCUCAAUCCGUCGCUGGAAUUAUCGACAGCUUUGCCGCCCAGUUCGGAAAGAAAUAG